AUGGGUGCAUCUGGAAAAUGGGUGAAGGCGUUGAUCGGACUUAACAGCAAGAACGAACUUGGUGGGAAGAAGAAGAAGUGGAGGCUGUGGAAGAGUUCUUCUGCAGGGGAGAACAGAUCUCCAGACUUCGACUAUGGCAGUGUAGCUUCCGAUUCUUUCACCGCUGCAGUUGCCACCGUUGUCAGAGCUCCACCUAAGGAUUUCAAACUCCUCAAGCAAGAAUGGGCCGCUACCCGAAUCCAAACUGCUUUCCGUGCCUUCUUGGCAAGAAGAGCAUUGAGGGCGUUGAAGGGAGUGGUCAGGCUUCAAGCACUUGUAAGGGGUAGACUUGUGAGGAAGCAGGCUGCAGUCACAUUGAGGUGCAUGCAGGCCUUGGUUCGUGUCCAGGCACGUGUGAGGGCACGGCGCGUGCGAAUGUCCAUUGAGGGGCAAGCAGUGCAGAACAUGCUCAAUGAACGCCGCACCAAGGCUGAACUCUUCAAGGAAGCUGAGGAAGGGUGGUGUGAUAGCAGAGGAUCAUUGGAGGAUGUCAAGACAAAACUACAGAUGAGGCAAGAGGGAGCUUUCAAGAGGGAGAGAGCAAUUGCAUACUCUCUUUCCCACAAGCAAUGGAGAUCAACCCCCAUUUCAAAUUCAAGAGCUAAUACCUCUCUCAACAAGCAAGAGAUGGACAAGGCUAACUGGGGAUGGAGUUGGUUGGAACGUUGGAUGGCUGCAAAGCCGUGGGAGAGUAGACUAAUGGAACAAGCUCAUCAUCGUGCUGAUGCCACCGAGAAGACCCCUCCUCCUCCAAAGAAAUGUGUGAACUCCUCAAAUUCAAAAAAUAAUUCUGAUUCAUGCAAUGUCAAAGUCAGAAAGAACAAUGUCACCACAAGGGUCUCAGCUAGACCUCCCCAUAUUGGCCAAACCACUCGCUCAUCCUCAAGUCCUAGUUCUGAGUUUCACUAUGAUGAGAGCUCUAAUUCAUCUUCAAUAUGCACAUCCAUGACUCCGAUAUCUGGUAGUGCUUCAUUGCCUUGUGACAGGAUAGAGGAUAGUAACAACAGUUCUACUAGGCCUAGUUACAUGAACCUAACCGAAUCAACCAAGGCAAAGCAGAAAACCAGCAAUCAUCAAUACAAUAGAUCUCAGAGGCAACAGUCCAUGGAUGAGUUCCAGUUUCUCAAAAGGACAGCGGUUUUCUCAAAUGGAGAUUCCAAAAGCACUGAUGCUUCUGACCCUUCAACCAACUUUUCUAGGCCACUUUACUUACCCACCUACAUGGAUAAGAAGUCACGGUGA